AUGAAUAAACUAAUACCUACUAAUAAAAUUAUCAACGACGCAUCAAUCAAUAUUAAGCAUUGUUUUUGUUCAUUUCCUUCUUUUUCUUUUGCCAUAAAGAAUUUUUCUUGUGCUUCCUUUCGCUUGGUGUCAAACAUUCAUUUAUUCAUUCAUUCUUUCUUGCAUUUCGCUUUCUUUCUUUCUUUCUUUCUUUUUAACGCGAAGAAAAGUUCGCAGGUACGGUAUAUAAUACAAUCUAUCUAUCUAUCUAUCUAUCUAUCUAUCUAUCUAUCUAUCUAUCUAUCCCUAGCUUUUCAUAUCUAUCUAUCUAUCUAUCUAUCUAUCUAUCUAUCUAUCUAUCUAUCUAUCUAUCUAUCUAUCUGUUCAGUAUUUUUUUUUUUUGUCUUUUCUCCCCUUUUCUUUUCCCAUAAAGAAAUACUGCUUGUGCUUUUUUUCUCUUGGUAUCAUUCUCGCAUAUAUUCUUUCUUUCUUUCGUUGUUUCUUUCUUUCGUUGUUUCUUUCUUUCGUUGUUUCUUCCUUGUUCUUUCUUUCUUUCUUUCCUUUUAUGCUCUUUCUUUCUUUCUUUCAUUCUUUUUAUGUUCUUUCUUUUUUCUCCUUUUUUUCCUUUUAUUUUCUUUCUUUUUUAUGUUCUUUCUUUCUUUCUAUCUUUUUUUCUUUCUUUUUAUGUUCUUUCUUUCUUUCUUUCUUUCUUUUAUGUUCGUUCUUUUUUUCUCUUUUCUUUCCUUUUAUGGUCUUUCUUUCUUUCUUUUUUCUUUCCUUUUAUGUUCUUUCUUUCUUUCUUUCUUUCUUUCUUUCUUUCUUUCUUUCUUUCUUCUCCAUACGUUUCCUUCUUCUAUAUAUUUGCUUUGGUCUGUUUCACCCACUCCCUUAUUGUUCUUCUUCCUCUACAUUUGUUUGCCUCUCUCAUAUCACAUUACCAAUAUCACCGGCCGAAACACGUUGUUGUAA